AGAUGUAUGCAGCUGCUGGUGGCGCCUCGCUGGCCUCUCGCCAGGCACGGCAACGCCAGCGCCAGCAGAAGAAGACCCAACAGCUCCAGGCGAAACUACAUCCACCGAAGGCGGCCGGAGCCGCCGGACUCGCAUCCGGCGAUCAUGCCGCUGAGGGCGCUUCCACGCCCACUCGCAGCCAGUCGCGCCAGUUCCAUCAGCUGCCCACCAGCUAUUUGCGGGCACCCACGCCACAUGGUCGCAAACUGAGCGCCACCUAUACGACGCAAUCGAAGCUCCUACUGCCAAUCGAUGAGGGUGACACCCAAUCGGUGUUGCAGCUGCGCAUGCAUCAUGGCCACGCCCACGCCCAUGCACACGCCCACGCCCACGCCCAUUCGCACUCCCACGGCCCCGCCCACGCGCCUGCGCUGAGUAUCCAUCACGGCCAGACGCCCUACCAACAGUUCGCCUCCUCCCACGGACGCGUCUCACCGAAACUGGUGCAUCGGCACUCCGGCAGCAGCAGCAGCACCGCCGGAUUCCAUCCGGUCAUCUCGGCCGGACAGCUGCACAAAUCCGCCACGGCCACCCUGCCGCUCGUCUCCCACAUGGCCAUGGAUGCCAUGGAGGCCAUGGAACUGGUGGAGUCGCCAUCGGUUGUGGCCGGCGUUAAAACGACAGUGACCUCGUUGGAGGCACCCACGCCCACGUCUCCGCCGCUGGCCAGCACUUCCGCUGCCGCUGCCGCCGCCCUGGAGGCAGAGUUAGCUGGAGGUGGAGUCGGUGCUGGUGCCAUGUUUGUGCCCCACCAUGAUGCCAUCAUUGUAACGCCGGCCACGCCCAUGGCCUCGCCGGGCCACGUGGUGAAGCUGCGACGCCCCGGCCCGGAGGAGCUGCUGGAGUCCUCGGCCGAGCGGCAACCGUUGACCGCUGGAGAGGCUUUGGAUGAUGAGGAUGAGCCCAUGCAUCCGCCGGCACCGGGUCAGCUGGAGCGCAAGUGCAGCGUCUACAGGAUGCGCCGGAGCGACGCCUUCGAGCAGGACAUCGGAACAGGUGGUAGUGGUGGCAUCAAGCGGCAGCUGCGGGAGCUGCAGUUCAGCGCCGGAGUCCAAACCACACAGUACGAACCGCUGCUCGCCGACGAACCGCAGCUGAUCUUCAAGGGAUUGGGGGUCAAUGGGCGCAAGAUGCAGAUAUGCGCCUACUGCGAGGAGGGCAUCUGCGUGUGUGAGCACCUCGAGUGCGCCCAAGGACGCGCCGCCUGGUUGGAGCGGGGUCGACGCUGCAGCGUCCAGGAUCAGCAGCAGCAGCAGGCCACCUGCCAUCGACGCUGGGUGAAGCGCAACCGAAUCCAAGACGCCUCUUUGGGCGGCUCGUCGGACGAUGAGGACUUCCUGGGCGUUCUACGCGGUCCCAGCACCUUUGCGAAUGCCUUCCUCUACGUGGGUCUGGGCACGGUGGCGCUGGGCCUCGUCAUCGCAUUCGUUGGCACCGGCGAGAAGGGCUUCAAAACCACGGAACUAAGACUUAUAGGCCCCUCUCUCAUAGGAUUGGGCCUGAUCUGUUGCAUUUUACGCAUCCUCUUCUGCAUCUGUCCAUCGCACUGCAUCUCAUCCAGCAAAAAGACGCGCAAGAAAAACGGCAACAAGAUUGAUGCGGAUCAUACAACUUCAUUGCUGAGGAACGAGAGCAAAAGAGUUUCGAUAGCAAGAGGACCCAGUUUUCAGCCCAAAUAUCCCAUAGCUCACAAGCGCAGCCAGAGCAAAAUGCUCAACGAGGGAAUGGAGGCACUGCGCCAGAUAGCCACCACCUCCUUGUUCAUGCAGAACGAGCAGAAGACGGCCAUCAAUCGCGUGGUGCCGAUCAUCAACGAGCCGGAUAGCGGUGAUGCCCCACUGGAAAUGAAGAAACUGCAGACGGCUCUGAAUGCCUGCGAGAUGAGUGACGAGGAGCAGGAUCAUGAUCAUGAUAAGGAUCAGGAGCAGCAGCAGCAGCAGCAACAGAAGCAGAUUGCCAAACGUACAACAGCCACAACUGCCGUUACGAGUAGUACCAGCAAAGACCCAACAUCAACAUCAGCAGCAGGAGCAGGAGCAGGAGCAGCCACAUCGAGGAUAACGAGAGUUAGCACUUUGAGCACAGUGGACGAGAAGCCGGACAGCAAGUUGGUGCGACAAAGGGUGGCCCUGCAACAGCAGCGUUAUCAGGAGCAACAGCAGCAUCAGGUGACCAAGUCGCAGUCACUGUCCUCCUCCUCCACCGUGAAGGAUUCGCUGGAGGUGGUGGAGGAGACGUCCCUGAUAGAUGCCAGCGAUGAGGCAUUGCAACCUGUUGCAGUUGCAGUUGCAUCACCAGCAGCAAUAGCAGCAACAGCAGGAACAGCAGCACUGCCCAGUAGCUGCAGCACGGGGGCGAUACCACGGCUCAAUCGGCCGGGCAUUUCGACGGGGGCCACGCCCAAGACGACGACCACGACGACAACGCCCACCAUAACGGCCCGGCUGCCCACGUCGCAGUCGCAUCCGACGAGCUAUGACCUGCCACCGGCCCUGCCGCACACCUAUUCCGCAUCGGCGACGGUCCGCGGACCGCUGGGCAUGUCCAUGAGCAGCUCCGCCGGCAAAGUGGUGGGCGGAACUGCCUUCACCACCACCAGCACAACGAUAAGCCUGCUGCCGCUGCCGGCGCCGCCGGUGGCCACCGCAACAGCAGCAGCCAGCAUUCCCGGCCAGGUGCUGGAGUCCAGCGGAGCCACGAGUCUGAGUCUGAGCCUAAUGCGACCGGCCACCGCAUCCGGUGUGGUUCUGGGCGGAUUGACCACUUCAUCGUUUACGACCGCUGAUCAUCUGAAAUCACAUCCGUCGUCCGCCGGAUCGUUAAUGGGGCGUGGCAGCAGCCUACAGUCCACAACGGCGGCGGCGACGGCGGCGGCAUCAUCCUCAACGGCGUCAUCGAGCAAAUUCGAGCCAGAAUUGGUGCUCAGUCCGGCUAAACUUGGCCAGUAGAAUUAAAUGGGAUUUAGUUACGAUUUUAGUUAGCCACCAGGUCUAUAUAUGUAUGUAUGUCUAGGUUCUAGGCGCGAGUAUGUAUGCAACAAAAGUGAGAGUGUCCGUAUGAGUGUUUUAGAACUGUGUGUGCGUGUGUUUGAAAAUAAGAACGAGUAGACUUUAGAUACCUACAUAUGUACCCUAAAAUCUAUCUUUUGAAUGUGCCACAAAGAAUAGCUGAACCUCCAAGAAAGAUCAUGUUCUGUAACCAUAACCAACAAAACUUUCAAUUGGCUUUAUAAACCUAAACCAGACUUUCCCUUUUAGAACAUGAUUCUGUCACUUCUUUUCAACCACAAAACACAUUCAGUUUCUAAACUGUCUAUUUCCCGAGGCUUACCUUGAUUUCUCUGCCCUUCUUUUGGAUGUAUCAUCCACUCUAUAGCUCUCUAAUGACUCUUUCCCGAUCUUUUUAGAUCUCUUCCUCAGGCUUCAGGUGGCAAAACAAUCGCCCAAGUGCUCAGCAAAAAAAGUUGCCAACCUGCGCUGUUCUAAGCUAUCCCAAAUAAAAAAAACCAAAAACAUAGCCAGGGUAUUAUAAAGUUUGUAUACCAAACAUAUCGUUAACUAAAUAAACAAACCAAACUAACACUAUAUAUAAUACGAAGCGAAAAAAAAAGAAGAAACUUGGAAUGGAGAUGGUCUACGUCCAAAUUGACAGGAAACUUAAAAGAAAAGGGCCGAAAAUAAACAACUACAAAACCAACUAGAUAUGUAUUGAAAAAUUUUAGAGGACCGCUAGACCCAAGCAAAGCUAAAUGUGCAAACAAUAUAUGGAAUAUGUACGGGUGCGUGUUUCUAUAAAAUCCAAUCUAAAAACCCAAAGAGUUCAAAAAGUAUUAGGCAAUGGUGUUGAAAGAGCUCUACAACGUAUACAAAAUAGGAAUUCUUAGUUCUGCAAUAAUUUCCAUUCUAACAAUGCUAAAUUUUUAACUAUUCAACUGAACUGUUAUUUUUGCAAAAUGUUCAUGUCACUUUUUCGAAGCUUUUGCUAAUUUCAAAAUAAAAUAGGUAAUGGCUUGCUCUUUCAACUGGUAUAUCCGCCAGAUAAGUGGGCCGAAUGAAAAAUAAAAACAAAUGUAAACCGAAUCCAAUAGAAUUGAAUGUGGCCGUUAAAUUAAAAACAAAAUAAAGCGCAAAUAAUUAAAUGUAACAUCCCUGAAACAAAAUGUGUAAGAUGCAUGUACAGCAAACAAAGCAGCAGCAAGACAUAGAAAAUUAUAAACAAACAUUAUGAAUUAGUAUGUAUGUAUACUAUAUGUGCAGAAAUUAAA